AACUGGAUGUUGAAAUUAAUGAUGAGUCCGAACUAGUCAAAACAUCUCGUUCAGACUACGUAAAAAUAUUGAUAAAUAAAAAAUUAAAUCAUUUACCACACCGUAAUCAUUUUAUUGAUGUAUAUCAGUUGAAACAGGAAACUUAUUCGCUAAUCAAACAAAACACAGCACGGACAAUUUUAACUCCAUCUACUUCACAAGAACAAGCAAGUCUCUUUUUUCAAUAUUCUAAUGAAGGUUCACAUACUGACUAUGAUGCGUGUGAAAAAAUACAAACGUUCCGAACAAAUUUAACAUUGCAACAACAAAUCACAGCACGUAAAAAACUUGAACAAAUUUUCACCUGUGUUUCUGAUAUAUUCCACCAGAAAGGAAAAGAAUACUUCACGAAUUAUUUAAAAGACGUUUUUCAUGUGACAACACCACUUGAUGUGUUUUUUACCAAUCAAGUUACCAAACAAUGUCAUCGUAUGCAACUAUUGUUAAGGAUACAACGUGCACUGUAUUUAUCGCUACUUGGCGAUGCAAUACCAAUUAAUCUUCAACAAAAAAUUAGUCAUGUACUCGACUUCUAUUCAAAUUAUCGUCAUAUGAUCAAGAACAGUGCUCAUCAAUCAAUUAUUAAUAUUACACGACGUUUAGAUAAUCAACGACACGAAGAAUGUGAUAUUAUUAUUGGUAUUAAAUUAACAUUUUGGCCUAAGAUCACUGAAAAAUUUCUCAAACGUUUAAAAAUAAAACGUUUUCAUCUGUAUGAUGUAGUUAAAUAUGAACAUGUUUAUAUUAUUCCGAAAUGGUCAAAAUGUACCCCUGAAGAUGAGGCACCCUAUGAGUUUAGGUUUUCAUUCUCUACUACAGGCUAUACUCUAACAGAAUUACCAUCGCCGAUUGAAACAAUAUUAAAUGGUAUUGCUCGUAGUAUCUAUUAUAAAUAUUUUCGAUCAAUGGAAACGCAUAUUAAAUCUUACGUAAUUACUAAAACAAUUGUUUUAUGGAUGUGUGAAGAGAAUAAUUUUGAUGAAAUAUUUUCAAAUAUCAAAGAUGAGCAACAAAUUGCAAUUGAAUUAACAAAAUAUUAUAUUGAUUAUACAAAAGCGAAACUAAAAUGUCGUGUAUGUCAACAUUAUUUCAUUGAUGAUAUGAAUUUAUUUGAUGAUUAUGAACCAUCUGUUCUAGAAAAUAUGUACGAAAUUUUAACAAAUAAUGUUCAUUUGCCACGUAUUCAAGAAAAGUCUGAGACAAUCAAACUACAACCACGAAAGUUUUUAGAUUUAUUUAAAGAACUAUUGUCAGAGAUGGUAGAAGCUUUUCGUGCAAUGGAAACAAAAUCCGGUAAAUUUUGA